GUGCCACUGCAUUAAUACUUUCUCUCUAUCAUAACUCUCUCUCUCUCUCUCUCUCACAAAAGUCCUGCCCUUUUCUUCCCCCCCUCUCUCUCUCUAGGUUGCGGUUAUUGAAUUUGAUCUCCUAUAGUCUCUCUCUCUCCCUCCCUCUCUCAAUAAAGUUAAUUUCCUGAGAAUAUGGAUGUUCAAGGCUACAAGAUCACUGUCACUUCUGCCGGGCAUGAGGGCCACGGGGUGCACCAUUGCCACAAAUGUGGAUGGCCUUUUCCAAAUCCACAUCCUAGUUCUAAACACAGAAGAGCUCACAAAAGGGUUUGUGGAACAAUUGAAGGCUACAAAAUCAUUCACUCAGAAGAACAUGAUAAGUAUUUGGCCUUUUCAGAUGAUGACCAUGCCUCUGAUGAUGAUGAGCAUCAGAGCCCAGGUCCAGAUAUUGUGAAGAGAAAUGCUUUCAUCAGUGGCGGAGUAGGUGCGAAGUCGAACAAAUCAGAAGAUGACGUGUUUUCUGAUGCACCAAUGGAGUUUUCAGACAGUGGUAUUAGUCCUCAGUUAGAGGCACCCGUUGAGAACGUGGGAGAAAUGGGCAAGAGUUUGGAGCAUAAGGGUUUGGAAGGUGAUGUUUACGGGAGUGGAGUUUUGGGGAUCAAGGAAGCUGCUGAAACAAUUGAACAACCCAAUGAUGCAACAAGUGAGGAAAUAAGUAAACCCAGACCCCUCUCAAACGGAAGUAGCCUCCUAGACAAUGCCAUGCCAAUAAAAGAUACUGCUGCAGAAACGGUUUCUGUUGGACCAUCAUAUGAUUCACACCCUGAACGUGGUCUUCAAGGUGAUGUACUACAUGGACCUGAUACCAAUAUUCAAGUACAAGAACAUGACUCAGCUUCUGUUUCUUUGGACCCUGAAGAACGUAAUGUUCUGGAUCAAACAAUAGCAGCAGGUAAAAGUCAAGAUGAAUCGUGUGAUAAGUUUAUUUCUGAAGGGGCCAAAAAUGAUUCCCCCCCUAUAUCUGAAUCUCUUCAAAUGGAUGCUCCUGAUGCGGUUAAUAGUGUGGUCCAUUCUGUCGAAAAAGGUACCUCCAUCAAAACAUCCGAGGUUGCCCUUGUGGAUGAGACUUGUAAAAGCGUAGAUGCUUCUGCUUUGGAGAAAGAGCUCUCUCAUUCUAGUGAGGUGGAGAAAGUGCUCUCUCAUUCUACUGAGGCUGCCCUUGUGGAUGAGACUCGUAAAAGCAUAGAUGCUUCUGCUGUGGAGAAAGAGCUCUCUCAUUCUACUGAAGACAUUGGGUCCAGUAAAUCUGUUUAUGGAAGUACUUUACCUGAGGAAAGUCUAUUGAAUACGUCUUUGGUUGAGCCUAACGAGAGCACAUUAGCUUUAGAUGUUACUGAGCACUCUGACGUGGCUUGUACUGUCUCCUCGAUUGACAAAGAAGAGAUGCCGAAAACCACCUCAGAUGCAAGUGAUGGAGAGAAGUCUGACAUGACCAGUGGUUAUAAAUGUCAAAACCGAAGCCUGGAAUCUAAGCACUUGAAUUCUCUUGAAGCAAAUUCCGCCCCUGGUUCCACAGUUAAUGCCAUUCCAUGUGAAGAUACUAACAUUACAAUGGGAAAGAAAGGUAUGGAUCAUUGUGUAGAAAGCACUAACAUCACAAAUUUGGAAACUGGGAAUGAAAAGGAUGAAGGAGUUUCUGCAGAAGUAGAAGUGAUCCCUGAUUCUACACUGCCUUCAGAAAAAUUGGCUGACCUUCCAAGUUCAUGUGUAGCUGAUGGUUAUGCAAAAAGUUCACAAGAACUAUCUGAAAACAAUUCCAGUUCAUUGGAAUUCAAGGAUGAUGGUUUUGAGAAUUCCAUUAGAGGAGAUGGUGCAGAUGGUCCUGCUGGAGCAGAUUCUGAGGCUAAUGAAAUUGGUGACAUGAGUUCCUCCGUUGAACACCCAGUGUUGCCAGUAAGUUCAGAGAUGCAGAAUACUGUUCAUGUGGCGACGAAUGUUGUUGAAGUUGAACCUCUAGAUGUUUCUGAAUCUGUUACCAAAAUAGAAGAUGGUAAUGCAGUUUUAGUGUCAGGUUCCGAGGCAAAUGAAAUUGGCGACAGGAGUUCCUUACUAAUUUCCUCGGUGGAACACCCUGUGUCACUAUUAACUUCAGAGCUGCAGAAUAAUGUUCAUGCUGCAACAAAUGUUGUUCAAGUUGAGCCUGUAGAUGUUGCUGAAACUGUUAGCAAAUUAGAUGAUAAUGCAGUUUCAGUAUCAGCAGAAACCCCCGAACACUCCAUUUCAACAGAAUCUACACUGCCACUCUCUGAUUCAGUUUCGUUGAGGGAAAUUGGUGACAGGAAUUCCUCACUGAAUUCCUCGGUGGAACACCCGGUGCCCCUAUUAACUUCAGUGCUGCAGAAUAAUGUUCAUGCAUUAACGAAUGUUGUUAAAGUUGAGCCUUUAGAUGUUACUGAAACUGUUAGCAAAGUAGAAGAUGAUGAUGCAUUUUCAGUAUCAGCGGAGACCCCCGAACACUCCAUUUCAACAGAAUCUACACUGCCACUCUCUGCCAAAGAUGGUACCUGUGACGAAGAAGACUUUAAGGCAUCAGAAUCCAUCACCAACACUGAAGUAACUUCUGAUGCUGGAUCGAGGGAAACUUCAGAAAGCCCUACCCCAAGUGUGCAAGGAACUUUCCCCGUAAGCACAUGUUUGAAGGUUACUUCAUCGGAUGUUAAGCAGAUGCAUUCAAGUGAUGAUCUUAGCACAUUGAAGUCUGUUAACACUAUUCCUGGCGCAGAACAUUCUUUUGAUGACAAGGUUUUAAAAUCAGAGGAAUGUUUCGGGUCUUCUGAAGCUCCAAGUUUAAAACAACCAGUAGCUUCAGCUUCAGAUGUUGAAGAAUUUCAUGGAAUUUCUGAUACAGUUGAUGAUAAGUCUGUUGUUAUUGUUGAAGAUGUCACUAGGGUCGAUGCAAAGUAUGUGAAUACUGAAGCUGAAUGCAAGCCUGCUAAGCAAACGGAUGAUGCAUCUGCAGUUGAUGUAUCCAGUAGUUUAGCUAGCCCGUCUGACAGUCUGGAAGCGAACUGUGGAUCAGUAGUUUCAGAUACAUUCGAAACAAAUUCUCAGAAGCACAAAACCCGUUCCAGCAAAUCAGAUACAUUUGAGCCUCCAUCUUUCAUGACUUUGGUUCAAUCUGGGAGUGAAGUAGAUCAGGGUACUGCAGCUACAGAGAUUGAGACGGUGCAGAACAAUCAGCAACAGAGAUCUGAUGCUCUUGAAGCCGUCUGGUUCCCUUCUCUAACAAAUGUAGUCAAUGAAUCCGAAGGCAGAAAGAAAAAUGAGGAAAUGAUAGCCAAAGUUACAAACUGGAGCCCAGUAAAGCAGCAGUCCAGUCCUCUGAAAAGCCUUCUAAACGAAGUCAAGUCGCCAAACACGAAACAAGUGCCCCUUGCAAAUCAGAAAGUCGAGGCUGAGACUGAAGAUGGCAAUGUGGGUAAAGUUGUUACUUCAGAAACACACAAAACCAAGGAUUCAGAUACCAACAAGCACCUUGAGGAGUGGAACUCUCCUGCAAGAUACCCGAUUGAGAUCAAGAAAGAAAAGAAGAAAGGACGGCCGUUUUGGGUUCCAUUUGUAUGCUGCUCUUCUGCACAUAGGGACCUAUGAUCCCUUGAUCCUUUCUUUAUGUUGAUGAGUGUGUGUUUUUACAAUUAUGUAUUGAUUGUAGUUAUCCAAACUGUGGUGUGAUGAUCAGUGUGGUAUAUAACUGUGGCUGUGAUUUAUUGUGUAAGCCUGCAUUUGAGAUGGCUUUGUUGUAUGUAACUCGAAAUUUAUGUUUUUUUUGCCUUGGAGUUGAGAAAUGUUUGUUGGUAGUCUAUUGAUGGAGACCAAA